GCCUUUCUUGAACAUAACCUCAACGAAGGCUGUUCGAAUCCCUCAGUGGCAGCGCCGCGGUGAGCGCUACGAAACCCAAACAAACACCAACAACCGUCUCAUUAAAGAAGUUCAUAGCUGCGAAAAACUCUCAUAUCGUAUAUGAUUGGAGAUUGAACCGCCGUUUGGUCAAUCUACACUGGAGUGUGUCUUGCCCCGGAGAAGGUAACAGCUCCUCAUUUUAGUCCUGAAACACAGAGAAGUAGCUCGUUAGCUGUUAGCGUGCUGAUGAAUGUGUGCUGCCGCUGCUAAGGUAGCCAUUUUGAAACCGAGGGUUCCAACGAAGCCAGGUCUGUUUACCUCUAUUGUAUGAUCGUGACAGCUGCAGAAGUACUUACAGUUACACAUCGUAAACAUAUCAGGUGUGUUACUACUUUGCUAAGCCCCUUAACUAUAUGUAUAAGUAAAAUCUACCUGUCGGUUUUCGUUGGUAGGUAAUAGGCAGGCUAACGAUAGCGAUCAGCUAACAGUUGCUAUGCUAACGUUAACCUUAGUUCACUCAUCAGAGUUGGUUGGCAGUGGAGUUAAGUCCGAUACUGGUUUUAACUACUUAUUAAUAUCAGCUAGUUAGACAACACAACAGCUGACUUGUGUUUAGAUUUAUGUCGAUGCUCUGUAAGUUAAUCCAUAACACGGCUCGGCUAGUUAGCAUGCUGAAACGUGCAAGUAUCGUAACUGUGUUGUGUUGGUCUGCUGCAAUGAUCGAGGAUUUUCAUCAGCUGAUAAUGAUGUUUACUGGGGUAUUUUGCAAUAACAGACAUAAAUAAGUUCAUAUGAUUGUUGUUGUGUCUCAAUGUAAUGUCUGUGUCCCGUAUCCGUGGCAGACUCAUUGAUGUUGAUGUGUUAUGUAAUAGUUCAGUGGGGAUAUGUUAACAAGACUAUGGCAGCUCUGACUUGGUGCACACACCAAAGCUGUUUUACAUAUCCAUGCAUUUACCCAAAGACUCAAUUGUUAAAGCCUCAUCCUCAUCGUGUCCCCACAGCAGCAGCAGCAGGCCUGUUAGGAUGCACAGCAGACAUGAGUGAAGAGGCGAGGAAGAAAGUGUUCAAGUUAUUUUUGUACUGUCAUAAAUAUUUCACUCACCAAAGCCGACACAAUUUUAUCAAAGAGGCAGCUUUCAGCAUAAAAGUUGCUCCUGGAUCACUGAGUCAUGGUUUUUCCUCUCAUACCUCUCAAAGUGUAUUUGAAGAGUCACACCAAGACUUUGAAGAGAGGAGUUGUCUUCCAUCAGAAGUUAUUUUGGGGGUUUAAUAAAGGUGUUAAGUACAGUAGGUGUGCCAUCUGACCAGAGACGGACUGAUAAAAUGGGCAGAUUGAUAGCAUUUUGAAAUAACUGGCAGAUGAUUGUGCUUACUAGGUCAUUUGAAAAAAUAAACAGAUAAUGUCUGCAGACACUACAGGCAGCCUAGUCAGUGUUGCAUACGAUGGUAGAUGGGAAAUGAAGUGCAUUCACUUGGAUUAGCUUUUUGGCUUGUGACCAAACAAACAAACAUAUUCAAUGUGCUUUGGGACAGUUAGUUUUGGGGAGGUGGUGAAAAGUUUUGAACUUUGAUGCUCACCCUGCUCUAAAUGUGUAGCAGUAUUUUCUCAGUCACCAAUAUCUCCUCUGUAUGAUAACACCUUUAUUCCCAUCCUAACAGGACAACAGAUACAAUCUACAAGAGUCAAUGGCUAGUGCUUAACAUAAAUCCUGUUAUGAUGUAUGGAACAAUGCAGUUUAAUAUUGCAUCUGACAUAAAUAUCAGUCAUCUUCUGAAAUCUGAAGCGUGUAUUUCCUAAUUCAAGAUAACUAUGUAUAUGAAAUGAUGAUGAAAUUCUAUGGUUUGUUUCGCAUUUGUUCAUUUUUGGUGUUGCAACAAAUGCAAAAACACAACAACAAUGUGAUACCAGCAUAAUAUAUUGGCCAGAAGUCGACUGCUCUAACAUUAUUGGCAUCAGCCAUUGAAUAAAUUGGUAUCAAACAUCCCCUUUAGAUGGCUGUAGGGAAAUGUUGGCUUGAUAGUUCUGUCUUGAACUUACAGCAUCAAACACAACACUCCUGCAGUAAAACAUCAAGAGAAACAUUAAAUCAACUAAAUAGCUGUUUUAAUAUUUACUUUUGCUGUUAGUUAUGUGUUAUUUUGUUUUAUUUAGGUGUAUUUUCUCAUGUUUCUGCAGUGUUUUGGCAGCUUUAUAUCAAUGCCAUUCACCUUGAUCAUAGAGAAGUAUUUUCCCCUCUGAAACCGGUCUAUCAAAAUGUUAUUACUGAGUGCUGUGUGUAUUGCAGGAAUGCUGUAGUAAUGAAUCAGAGUUGUAGCAGAUGAUGUACUAAGAAGUUACAUUCCCUGGAGUACUUGAACCUGUGUAUUUUUGCUCCUGAAGCUAUGAUAAGAAGGGCUAAUGCUGUUUAUGUUUACUGCAGGUCCAGUCUGUUCCUGUGCAGAUCCCUGUGAACACUGAAAGAGAGAGAGAGAGAACAGAACAGAAGAUUCUUGCGUGAAGGAGGAAAAACUCAUUCAAGAAUUCAAGUCAAGGACGGAUCCAUUUUUUGACGUUGACAGAUUUUUGACCCGUGGUAUCUUCCAGCCUGCUUCAUCUCCAGAAGAAAAUCCCGGGACAUCGUGAGGAUUUCUGACAAGUUACAUUUUUACAUCACAUGACAGGAAGAUCUUUUGACACAUGGGAGAUUUUUGUUUAGUGGUAGAGCUUGCAUAUCUAUGAAAUCAGAGCGCUAUAGUAAAUCUGCUUCAAUCCGCAAACUGCAGAUAGUUAAAUGGGCAUCUUACAAAUGUGAUAUAAAAACAUAUAGCGAUAAAAACGGCUGUAGAAUGCAUCCCACGUCAGCAUCCCUGUUUCACUAACCCAAACUGAAAAUGACGGCAAUGUAACAUAGGGUGUACUUUCCUUCACUGUCAUGUGACUUUGAACCUUUGAGCAUUAUUUUUUUCCAACUCAGACAGUCUUCUUCAUCAGUUUAAUGAGGUGAGCAGCGGUUUUCAGUGACCUCCAUCGCCGAUAAAAGACUGUCUCUGAUCUCUUUUUCUUUUCUGCAUGCGUUUGAUUCAAUCUUAAAAUGAUUCGGUAAGAGGUUGACGUAGAAGCAAACUGGCACACAGUGUGGCAGGACAACACCUGUGUCUUUCCCCCUCCAUCUGGUGUCAAAGUGGAACUGCUACACAAACUGCUGUUUGAUCACAGGACACACACGACUUUUCUAGACUGCUUCCUUACAUGAAAUAAGACCCAAUCGAUCACAAAUCCAUUCAUUUGCCAAUCAGCAUCAAGUCAGAUUUUGAGUCUUACUCCUACCAGAAGAGCGGAUGGUUCAGAUAAACUUGUGAAGGAUUAAAUCUACCCGGACUGGAAACUAUAGCACUCAGAAUUCAUCAGAGACGUGACCGACACACAAGCAGUUCCAGAAUCUGGUUCAAGGCGGAAAAUCGUCCCCUCACAGACCUCUACGCUUCUGCUACAAAAGAAUUCACUUCCUUGCCGGGCCAGUUUUUCUGGAUUGCCAUUCCAGAUUAUUCCUGCAACCUUUUGACCCAUCUCUAAGUGUUUCACCCUGGACGAAGGGAUCUGCCUCUGUGGAAAAGGGCUGCGCUGUCCUGGCGGAGGUGGAGAGGGGGUCGAGGGUGUGCUGCUCCCCGUCAGUCAGUGCACACACUCUGUGAUCAGUGCCAAGAGGCCUGAGAAAGCGAGCCGAGCCGAACCGAGAGAGGAGGCAGAGGACUUCAGAGCCACAGACUCUGGGGUAAUGAUGAUGAAAGUGCACAUACAGUAACCAUCAGUGGUAAACCUGCAUGUAUGCUCUGGAAGGAAUAGUCUCAAAAGCAUUUGUCACCUUAUAUUUUGCAUGGGGAAAAUGUGUUUCUCUGCAGAUCCCAUCCUUUAGUCGUUAUCAUAAAAUGAUCGUAGAAACGCUCGUAAAGAAAUCAAACUGAAGCUUUCAGAAUAAUUCAAAAGACACCACCAGACAAAUCUUUGAUAAGGUCAGAUGUUGGUACUUGAAACUGACAGUUUAGUUCAAUUCAUGAUGAGGCUGCAGAACUUUCUUCAACAAGGUGCAGAGUUCAGAAUAUCUUCAAUAUUGCAGCAGUCCGCAUUCAGCUGAGAUGCCCUGCAAGGAUUGUAUUCGAGGUGCAGUUUGUAAUGAAUAGUCGUUAACUUAAUUGCUGCCGCCUGGUGCAUUAGAGUAAGUGAUAGCAACUCGUGCAUAUGAUAGUGUAAAAGCCAUAACAAGUCGACUCAGGAUUCAUGAGUGAGAGUUACACACACACAAAUCAGUUACAGUGUUGUAGAAAUAAUGUGUGUUGCAUAUGCACAAGAUGUUUUCCAUCCAGGCUGUCAAGCAGCUAUUAGCCGCAGUGAGCAGAGCUUUGUUGUUUCCUGCUAAGAAUAGGACUCUUUUUUGGCUCGUCUUAAAGGAGCUCUUCACACAGGGAAUUUUGAAAAUGACUGAUGGAAGACAAAACACUCUCAAGAGUCCAGUAGAAACGUUCCGAAGAUGAAAUUCCAGAGUUUUAUGACACUAGAAGUGAAAGCGGCAGAAUCUUGAGUUUUUAAAAAAAUGGCCUUUCCCUGCGUCUGUGUCUCUCAUUAGAUCCUGGCCAUGAGGUUUGAUGCCUCGAUCCACUGACCGGAAACACUGGACCUAAAUGGCGCAGCAUGACUUUGUCCCUGCCUGGCUUAACUUCUCCACGCCCCAGCCUGCCAAGGUAUGUGUGUGUUUGUGCGCGGGUGUGCAGGAUGAUCCAGAGAGUGGGCUGUUGAUUGCUUGGAAGAAGUACGAUUGAUAAGACAGAGCUUGAAACACUGUCAGUAUCACUACAGCAAUACCUUAAACUGAGUGUGUCUGUACAUCUUUGAUACACAGUGCAUGUGUGUGUGAGUUUACCAUGACUAAAUGAGGGAUUGUUGAUAUUGAUAGGUGAGAUAUUCGGAUAUUACAUUAGUAUGUCUUUAUAGUUUCGCUAUUACAGGGACUUAUUUUCAUGUCAGACUAACUUUAAUUGUAUUCACUGCAUUUCCAAACGUAUGACCACUCAUGAUUGGAUCUGAGUUUGCCGCUUCUUAUGCAAAUAAACCGAGAGCUCCAUUCACCUUCACCAGACCGAACAGUAAAACAACAGAUGAUAAGAGCUGAGUGGUUAUCUCUGAUCAUUAUAUAACUUUAUUGUCAUUCAUGACCCAUUUCAAAUGCCUAAGGGUCACACCUCCCAUUAGCUUCAUUAACAACGUAGAGAUGCAUAUGUAGAUCAUGCAUAAAUCCAGAUAAAAAAUAUUAUAAUUCCAAUCUAUAUUUUUGACUCAUUUUGUCUUGAGAACACCAGUUGGAGUGGUCAAAUAAGAUACUUAACCACAAGUUUGAGUGGUAGGUUUUUGGAGAAAACUAAUGACAUCAAACAAGUCUCAAAGGUGAAAACACUUUCAACAUUUGUUGAAAACUCUUAUCGCACAGAGUGAACAGCAGCAGAUCCUCUGUUCAAUGUCAGGCAUACCUGAUUGCGCUCAUCUAAGCCCCAAUCUUGAAGGAAAUCCCUCAUGUGGAGCCUCGUUCAGUAACGAGCUGCUCAGAAUCGUCUUCUUCAUUACCUUCAGCCAUGUUUGUUUGUUACUCUGUGUGGGCUACAGCUGCGAGUCCGCCAUCAACUUGCAUUUAUCAUAUUUAUCAUGAGAUAGCAAAUAUUUAUCAUGAAGAUUAGUCUGACUGUUUAUCGUGAAUGAUAAUUUAUUGCCCAUCCCUACUGUGCACAUACAGGACUCCUCAGUGACCAGAACUUAACUUUGGUCCAUGAAGGGAUUUGAGAAAGUCACUCCUAGAUUCUUGCUGUGCAGACUGCUCAGUGAAGUUUCCUCCAGAUUUCAUUGAUUUCAUGUACCAGAGGUUAUUGUCAGUGUUAUCACACGAAGUGAACCCCAACAAAAGUCAAGCUGUGUUUAAUUACAUUCAGCAGUAUUUCAGCCAACUUAGAGGAUUUAUUGACGGCUGCCCAACUUGGCUGUUUUAUCCCCUCAGCAGAUGUUAGGCUAACAAGGCUGGCAGGGUUUCUCUUCUGACAGGCCAAGCCGGCCCUUUUCUUGUGUUACUUCUUCAUGUUUUCUCACAAGGAAAUUAAACAAACUUUAGUUUGGUCACUACAGGAUAAGUAUUUUUAUAACUGCACAAUCAAGGCUUGUCCAUGUUGUUACUCUGUAGAGAGAUGCAGUUGAAAUAUCAUGACCUUUUGGCCUGUUUCAAAGUAAGACUCAGGCUGACGAACAGCAACUCACAGAAGCAACACCAGAGUUUGUGCAAACUGUAGAAGAUAUUUGGGGAUAGGGCUGGGCGAUAUGGCCUCAAAUCAGUAUCACGAUAUAUUGUGCAGUUCACCUCUGUAACGAUAAAUGGACAAUAACUACUCCACAAGCUGUUCCCCCUCUCCCACAUUAACUUUGUCUACUUCAGCCGCUACAACUUUUGAACCGUCCUCCAUCUCUUCACCUGUCUUUCCCACUUUGCUCUAUGGCAGGGGUGGGCAAUCAUGUGCCAUGGAGGGCCAAGAGCCUGCAGGUUUUCUUUCCAACCCAAAACUCCACCAGGUGAUUUCACUAAUUACCUUACCUCCAAACAAAGAGCAGGGACUAAUCAGUGAAAUCACCUGGUGAAGUUUUGGGUUGGAAAGAAAACGUGCAGCCUCUCGGCCCUCCAUGGCACAUGAUUGCCCACCCCUGCUCUAUGGACUGGAUGGGGUGGAGUCACGUCUCUGACGUAGGGCAGUGUCUUUAAGGGACAUGAGACCAUAGCCUACCUAAACACAUCCAAAACCAACUUUUAUUUAUUUAUUUAUUUGACACUAAAUAUAUUGACAUGGGCAAAUUGAUGUCGGCUAUUGCCGUAAAUUUCUGUAUCGGUAAAAUUUUGGUUUAUUGCCCAGCCCUUUUUGGAGAUAGCUUUUUUUUUGUUUGGUAAAGUUCAGAGUAAGUAAUCCACAUGAACAUGAAAAAAGAUGGGAAACAUUCAGACACAUUCAAAUCAUUGCCCCUUGAAAGAGGAACUGGAGGGAUGCUGUAAAUGGAGGAGUGUGAUGCUAGGUGAAAAUUGGAUUGAUUUUUCUCCUGUCUGACUGACAGACCAUGUGAGGCUGCGAACGUGUCCACAGCUCAGUGUAAUCUGGAGUCAGGAAGCAAAGUGGUCCAUCUGUGAAAUCAAGAGGUGAUCCAGUGAAAUAAGUGCACAGUCACCGUCCUGCUGCUGACAUAUGACUUCAUCUUAAUGUCAUCUGUCUGCAGGGAAUAGUCUGCAUAUGGAGACAAUAUAGAGCGUUAUAUUUCUCUUCUUAUUCUGUUGCAUUUUGUUUAAAAAGUCAUACAAACUUGUUAAAAAAUGAUGCUUUCUAGAGAAGCCAGUGAACAAACAUCGCAUCAGAUUUUUAAAUAUGAAGCAUUUCAGUCAAUAAAACCAAACAUGCUGCAGUGUCAUUAACGCAGAGACUUCAAGGUUCACCGUGGAGGAUUAUGUCAGCCCUGUUUUCUUUUCUCUCCUCUUCUUGGCCUCCAUAGCUGCACAUUUUUAUUCCAAUGCUUUUCCAGGGUUGUUUUUAGUUCUUUCAGUGUCUGCUUUUGUUCAUUUUCAUUUCCUAAAAAUAGAUCCUCAUCAUGACAGAUUCCAUUGGAGUUAUUUUAGUUAUCUGAGAGGAUCUAUUGAGUGUUAGAGUAGACUGAAAACACACCUCCAAAAGGUUAAGAGGUCAUGUCUGUUAUUUUUUUGUAGUUUUCUCUUCCUUGAUUUUCUCAGUUUUGCUCCGGGAGAGAUAACGGAUAAUUCAUCCUCCAUCAUCCAGAAGUGACAGUCCCACUUUGACUAACCAUGUCCCGUCUCUGUCCUUCUCUAGUCCCCUGCUGCCAACCUUGAGAAACAAGGUGAGCCUCAUCUCCACAGAGACGGCAGAACCGCUGUGAGCCGCCGCCGCCACAACUCCUCCGAUGGCUUCUUCAACAACGGCUCCCUGCGCGCUCCAGCAGGUAAACACUCCCUCACUCUCGAUCCUCUUAUUGUCAGCGGGGCAAAUAUGAGGGUGAGCUUUAAAAACACAUUUCUGGUGGAGCAGAUGAAGUGGAACUUAAAAAGUUGUUUAAGAAAAGUGUUAAAUACUCAGUGGGGGAUAGUUUAAUGUCCCCAAACUUUAUGGACUGGAAUCAGUGUAAGCCGUCCCCACCUACGCGCACCACAAAACCAAGAGGACUGUGGGGGAGAUGUCAAUCAAGUGCAGAUAGCACAUAUCAGCACAGUCCUGAGCAGGAGUCUAAUCAGGAGGAAUCAGUGAAACGUGUGGGUAGAGUCAGUGUGGGUGUGCAGAAGCUUUAAAACCAUCGUUUUAAGAAAAGCAUGUGUCAGUUUGUUGAAGCGGUGGUUUGAAACUUUGGAGAAACCUGCAGGAGUAAGCCAGAUUUGGACUUUCUCUACGGUUCUUUUGCAACAAGCGCUCUAUUUUGGGCCCGUUGCUGGUUUGAACUUGUUGCUUCAACUUGUUUGCUCAUGUGCUGUAAGUGCACGGGCAGAGUGUGAGCAGGUCGGCCGACGGCUCAAUCAUCUGAUCAUUUGGAUCAGACCGAAUGAAAGGAAUGGACGGACCAAUGACAAGGACCGCUACAGGUGCUGUCAUUGAUAGAGAAAAAACAUGGAUGCUUGACUGGUGCACUGAGGUAAUCCCUUGGUUGGUUAUUAUAUUUGGGAAACAUUGUGCAUGCAUGGUGUGGCUGGAUUUCCUAGUGAUCCACAGACCACACUAGCCUGGCUGUCAACGAAUAUUCAAAAUUCAAAUAUAGUGAGCGCACUUUAACGACUAUAGACUGUAUAUAGAAUGGACAGCGUCUGCUUCCUCUCUGGGUGAAGCCACUCCGAGAACAGCGCCCUCUGGUGAUGGGCUGCAGUAUAGGUCAUAAAUCCCGCCUCCUCCAGCAAAGCUUAUGGAGCUGUGGACAAACUUUAGAAAUUUAUUACACAGAGUAUAAAUUUAUCUCCCCCCCUGCUCGUGAUGUUGACAUGUAGUUACAGUAAGACUGGUUUGUGCUCAAGUCCUCUUUUUUUUCUUUGCAGCUCCGUUUUUAAAAGUUAUUAGGGGGUUGGGGAGCAUCAUCACAGCGACUCUCUGCGACUCUCCCACCGAAUGCGCACAAUGCUACUGCGCAGUGUUGGUUUCAGGAGAUUGAGGAAAACCCAUAAAUACCGAGAGCUUUUUGGCUUCAAAUUCAUAUACUGGCUGAAGGCGGAACUGAGUUGUCCAUAUUAUAUACAGUCUAUGAUAACGACGGGUCAGGGGCGGGUCACAGGAGCUGCACCUGCAGUGAGACUCGACAAAAACCAUCCGUGGCACGUGCAGAGAGAGAUGACGGGAUGUUCGGAGCCAAACAUAGAGAGUGAGAGAGAGAGAGAGAGAGAGAAUGGUCUGGACUCCAACAAACUUUAGAAGCUCCGUUUGGAAAUUCUUCAGAUUUUGGGUAGACACGGUAGAGGGGAAAAAUGCUGAGUGAGAUAAAGUUGUAUGCAAGCUGUGUAAGCUAGAUAUUUGAAUAUGUUGGAACCUAUGUGUUAUUUUUAGAACGAAUAUUUGAACGUCAUUUUGGAGCAUUUUUUAAAGCCCUAGACCACACAGAGAUAUCUAAAGAGAUUGUGGAUCAACUAUGAAGUGUCACAAGAAUAUAUUCCCCAGAUAAAAAAAUCAUCAAAACACUGCAGCUUGUGUUUUCACUUUGAAAAUAAGCUGCUGUAAAAUCAGGCGUCAUAGGUCGACACAAUGAUAGAAGGCUUAUGAAGCAUUAUGAAGCUGAUCCGUUACCUUUGCCUUGACUUUUUUUCAGGUCAUGUGUGAUUUGAACUCCUACAGAGGAAUUCUGCUGAUAUGUCAGGCAGAGGAAACAAACAACUUUUGGAAGAAUGAUCCUCACCUCUGCUGUUUGCGCUCCAGCAGAAUCCGAGCCAACGCGCAUAAAACUUUGAGCUUAUCACUCAGUUUUAUAACACCGUCUCCUGGCUGGUUUUUCAAUCUGAUUUCAAUUUGUCUUUGUUUUCCCAUCUGCAUGUUGAUAAGGGUCGGUCUGUGCAGAGAGAGAUGGUAAUGCCCCUUAAAUCUGUUGGUUACUGCCAAACACACCAGAAGAAAAACUCCUCUGGCACCAAAGCAGUGAAGUCAGCUUUUUGUUCAUGGAAAGAAGUUAGCCUCCACUAACAAAUGAGAGUCAAAUGAUUCAUCACCCAGCCAUCCUUUCUCAUUCACUGAGAUCAUUAAAUGUCUGCAGUGAUCACAGAUCAGACAAGAGCUCUCUGCUGCUUGUGUUUGAUCCACAUGUCGAAACCGCUGCAGCCUUUUUUCCUGCUAGUUUUAAUGAGGCAGAAAAGGAACAUUUCACUGCAGCAUUUUCAAACCUGUUAUCUGUUCAAGCAGAUAAUGUGAAUGAAACUGCAAGAAAGUAGGAGACAGACCAUAGAUACAUUUCAAAAUUUAGACAGGGAGUAUUUGCAUCGAAUGCUUUAUAACAAAGUGACAUUAUUAGAGAAGAAGAGUUUAGACGUGUAUGUAUCACAGAGAGACUGAUAAAACGUAUUCUAGACGUUGAAAAACCUUUUUAACAUUAGGUCCAAGUCUAAACCUCAUGAGAGGCUGGAUUUGAAAGGUUUUUUGAAGGGCAUGCUUCACAGUUUGAAUUUGUCUCUGCUUUUGCUGUGUUGCUCCUCCUGGUGAAAUGAAGUCAUUCUAGAGUUCAGCUGCAUCUCCUGGAUGUGUCAGGGUGCAUCAGUAAAGUUCACUCACAGAUCCCACGUGGUUUUCUUUGGUCACAACUUUUUGAUAAGAGCUUCUUCUGUGUUUCCUCCAACCAAGGAGUGUCUCUCUUCUGUCCUUGAUUUUCCUUUGUCCGUGUUGGACUUUGUCUCAUGAGGUGUUUGGUAUUCCAAAAAUUGACUGCAAGGAAUUUGAUGGUGAAGUUUGUUGUUUUUUUUCCCUACAUGCUGAAGAUUCUUUGAAGAUUAGAUGGCUCUAACUGUAGGGAUGUUGCUGCUUUGCUGACAUUGAAGAUGAAGCCCAGUUUUUAUUUUGAUAGUUUCGGUCUUACUUGUCUUCUGUUUUACUGCUUCAGUUUGAGGUUCGGACUUUCCCUGCCACAUGUGGAGCAGCAUUUUUCAAGGUGUUGAAGCAAUGUUCAAGUAAACAAUCAUACAUGUUUUGCUUUUGGUGCCAGGAAGUAUUCAGCUCUUGAAUAAAUACAUUAAAUUCAGAUUUAAUUGCUUUUUACAACUACUGGUCUUGAUCCUGAGCCUGUUGCACAUGGGCUUCAACAUGUCCAACUCUAUGUUUGCCUUUUACUUCCACACAGAAAGUAUUAACUUCCUUUAUUUAACAUGACCAACCAGUCACGUAAAAUAAGGGAAGCAUCUUUUCUAAGAGAGGAAUGUUUGGCCGUUCAGUAAUGUCUCAGACACUUAGACAACAGUAAGUGACAGCCUAAUAUACUUAGCUUUAGUUAAUAUUCUACUAUGCUCUGUGUAGUUUGGGGGAAUGCACCUUUUAAAACACUCAAGGUCAUGUUAUGAGGCAGAGUGAAAAAAAAAAGUAUAAGAAUAAGUGAAUAAACAAAGGUGACAGAGGAGUUAUCAAGUUAUCAAGAGAGGGACAAUCUGUUGGUACCAAUAAAGAGAGCCUUUGUUUGGUUCCUGGUAAGACAACUGGAAACAGGUAACAGGAUUUUAUUUCCUGCAGGCAAUCGGAGAAGGAAAUGGGAAGAAAGAAAAGGUUAGUUUUAGUGGACAUGUAGAGCUCGGUGUCAUCCACAUGGCAAUAGACAUGGAUAUUGAAUGUAGGGAAGAUAUGACCAAGAGGUAGGGCAGGGUGAUAAACUGAAAAUGUACCGAGACCAAAUUUUCCGACAAUAACCAACGGCAAUUUGCCCAUAUCAGUAUAUUUGGUGUCAAAAAAUAAACAAAUAAAUAAAAGUUGGCUUUGGAUGUGUGUAGGUAGACUAUGGUCUCAUGUCCCUUUAAGACGCUGUCCCAUGUCAGAUACGUGACUCAACCCCAUCCAGUCCAUAACAAAGAGGGAAAGACAGGUGAGGAGAUGGAGGACGGUUCAAAAGUUGGAGCGGCUGGAGUAGCGGCUGAAGUAGACGAAGUUAAUGUGGGAGGGGGUGAGCAGCUUGUGGAGAAGUUAUCGUCCAUCUAUCGUUAUCGAGGUGAACUGCUCGAUAUAUCGUGAUAUUGAUUUGAGGCUAUAUUGCCCAGCCCUACCAAGAGGUAGUAGAUACAUGAUAAAACAGAAGGGAGCCCAGGACUGAACUCUGGGGAACACCAGUGUCUCAUGGGAAUGGCUGGGAUUUUGGUUAAGGAGGAUGUUGAUGGUGCUGAAGGCCACCCACAGAUCAAGGAGGAUGAGGAGAAUGAAAAGUCAAGAUUCAGCUGCUGGGAGGAAGUUGUUGUGAUUUUUACUAAAGUUGUUUCUGUGCUAUAAAAAGGACAAAAAUCAGACUUGACUUGUUUAUAAAAUUAUUGUCAGAGAAGUGAGUAGAAACCAAAAAUGCAACAGGUGGGCAGGUCUGAUUCCUUCAGACUCUCAGUGCUUCAUUAAUCAUCAUGGCAUCAUUUUGAUCUUGACUUUACUCUUGUUCUCUCUAGGUGACGGCUGGCAGCAGCCCUCUCUGCUCCUGAGACAUGACUCAGUGGACUCGGGGGUGGCCAAAGGAGGACACGGUGGACUGGCGGGGGGCUCCUGUUGGAAAGAAACACCCGCUUGGCACGGAGCUCCACGGGGAGCCCAGGACGGCCACCACCACCAGGGACGCCACCCUAAACGGGUUGGAGGCGACAGGGACAGGCAGGGCGGGCACCGGCAGCGCAAUGGCAACUUUCAUCCCCGCAAGGGCACCUCGUACCAGGACAAGUUCCCCAACGAGGAACGCAAGGACAGCAAGGACGACAAGCUCAAGUUUGUGGAAGAAGACUUUGUGAGUAUUUGAGUUUCACUUUGAUUUUCGAAACAAGCUGUGGACCCGGGGUUUCAUUUACAACAAGAGCAUAUAAAUCCCCAAAACCUUAAAGUUCAAACUCAUAAACAUGCAUGUGCACUUCGAUGCAGUGUUCCCUUUAUAAACACAAUCCACGUGGGUUUAUGCGCGCAUUGAUCAGCCUCAUGUUCUGCCUUCAACGUGUCUACAUAAGUCCAUAAAUGAUCAAUGCAGAGUGAAUGAAAAAGCACACGAACAAGCUGGCAGAUCAGACAUUUCUUCUGGUAAAUCACUGCAAACAAAAACCGUAACAGAAAAUAAACCCUGCAAUACUUAAUUUAAGAUGCUUGUGAAUUAAGUGGAGGAAAAGGUGUGCAUGAUUUGAGUGCUCAAGGUUUUAUUUCAUAUUUCUCUCUCCAGCCUUCCCUCAACCCUGAAACAACUGGAAAGCCUGGGACUCAGAUGCGGGCAGUGGCUCCACACGCUGGAGUUUGGGGUAAGAGUGAUAAAUCUAUAAUGGGUGGAAAUUCUCCAACAAAUGCAAGAUUGGAGGUAGAAACCAGAGCAGUUUUUAAACGGCCUCUUUUCUCAUUUCAUUGCAGAAAACCCUCCCAGUGGCAAGCAGAUGGUGUCCAAAAUGUUGGUGAUCAAGAAGGUUUCUAAGGAGGACCCCAGCACAGCCUUCUCUGCAGGAUUCGCCACUGCUGGCGCCUUGCCCACCAAUGGAAACAAAGCUCCCAUCACAGGCUCCAGCGUCUACAAGAACCUGGUCCCAAAGCCUGCUGUGGCCCCCACCAAAGUAUGAAACGUGUCAAAUCAACAGACAUGCCGGAUUAUCCGUCAAAACACAUCUGAUUCGAUAGAAAAGCAGAUUUUACACUCUGUAUGUCAACGCUGUGAUCCUCUCUUCCAGAGCACCCAGUGGAAAUCCGGUGGUAGAGAGAUCACGAAGCCCGGCCUCCACAUGCCAGGCCGAGAUUCAGUCUUCACCAGCCCGGUCUCUGCAGCCAAACCCAGCACCCCAACCAGUGCACCACAGCACAACACCCCGAAAGAGGUGAGAACAAAAGACAAACAAAUCACUCCAUCACCAGGACAGGGGGAGAGACAUUUUGGGAUUUUCUUCAAACCAGACGAGACUUUUUCAGUCUCCCUCAGACAAAACUGCCAAGCAAGCAAACCAUAGAAGCUGUCUGAGCUGAACUUGAAGUUCUCUUCGCUGAGUGUGUAGUGGGCCUCUCCCCCUGAAAGUAAAUCACAGGUUUUAUCUAAACAUAGUAAUUAUGUGUCAGUGUGGUUGAAGAGUGAGAGACUUACCCACAUGUGCACAUCAAGUUUUUCCUCUGCAGCAGCAUACAUGCUCUCUCCCUCUCUCUCUCUCUUCUCCCCAGUGUGUCAAAGUGCUGCAAUCUAUGCUAGAAAUACUACCAUCUGGUCCAAAGACUUGUAUUACAUUGAGCAUCUCCCUCUGCUCCCUGUGCUGCAGAUUUUUCCCUGCUAUCGCACCAAAAUGGCAGAUCAUUGCUAACUUAUGUUCAUUUUUUUAAAAGCAUUUCAUAUCGAAGAGAUUAGCGCCACAGCUUUAAAAAAACAGAUGUUCAGUAAUUCUCCUCUCCCUGACUCUCUUCCUAUCUGUCGUACUUGCAGCACCCUUCCAGCACGACCCCUCCCAUUGACAUUGCUCCGUCGAGGCUGAAGCUGAUGCGCCGCGGUCCAGACCGUAAGAGCGAGUUCCUGCGGGCUCUGAAGGACGAGGGGACCGGAGAGCUGACGACAAGCAGCAGCCCGGGAACAUCAGGAGAGGUAGGCAGCAGCAUGUCUCAUUUAACCGUCUCACAGGACAGAACUGUAGAGACAGGUGGUGUGUGCAAGCAGUUUGCAUGAUCAUCAGAAAAAGAUGAAGCAAAUACUGAUCAAGAAGAAUUCAGCUGUGGGGAACAAGAGUAAUGGUGGAGCUUUUUCAACACUGGCUUCCAGAAACAAGAAGGUUGGAAGGAUUUCAUCGUCUGCAGAAUUUGAUUAAUUUGUCUGAUUUGUGGCCAAAAAUUGAACAAUAUCACAGAGUUCCUGUGGAUCUUAAAAAGUCAGAAGUUCCUUACCAUCAAAAAUUUCUUAUCUUCAAAGACGUUUUUUAAUUUUGAUUUGCCCUGACUACCAAAUCAAAUCUACUUGGUGUCUUUAAUGUGAUGUUUUUCUUUUCUUUUUUCUUUUUAUUUCACUAUUUCACUUUGAGUGUAUCUAAAGUUUUUAUUUCUAUGGCAAACAUUAUCCUGGUUCCCGGUCAGCAUGUCAAGACUCGUCAUGAUUGUGGGCAGCUUUUUCCGCUUUAGCCAAAGCCAAGUACAGGAGAAUAAUAUCCCUGAACGUGCCAGUAUUUGAUUACCUGCAGCCAGAGCUGGUAACCAAAGAGCGCACUGCCCAGGUGGAACACUUUUUGACAAAGGAACACACCCUGACAUGCAGGUUUUGCAGUACAACAACUACAACCUCACAGAGUAAUGCAGUGUGAAUCACUUUUUACCAAACUAGAACACAACAUAUUUUUAUGUGUUGUUUUAACCAAACAAGCUUGCUUAAAAAAUACUAAAAACUUUUCCCUGAAUGGAUCUUAAAAAAAAGUUUAAAAUUGGAUUUUAAAAUUUGUGUGGCCACAGAAAAAAAUCAAGAACGAUUAACAGAGAUCACCUUUCCUUUAGUCUCAAUUUAGUUCAUGCUCAGGCAGUGUUGUCAAACAUGAAACUUGUAUCCUCCAGGAUUACAGAUUGAAACUUUAGAAGCUUCUUUUUCAGUGUGUCAUCACACAUCCUUUAUGUGCAGAUGUACAGUAUGGUUUUAUUCUUUAUCUCUGACAACAAUAAGAGUUUUCUAAAGCUAUAGUCUGCCUUAAUGUGGAAGAUUAUGACUGAAGACGUUUUUGGUUUGUACAUAUACGAAAGUUAAAAGACAGUGCGUUGAAGUCCAUGAACCAGCAAAGAUAUGAUCAUUAGUCUUUGUAAUAGAAAGUGAAUUUGUCUUCAUUAUCUGCAGAUUUUUCACUGUUAAAACAGCUUCAUUUGUAACAUCAUUGCUGUCCUCUUUCUCUGUGUAUCGUCUCAGGGUGAAAGCAGCACCCCAGAGCCCAAAGCCUACAGCGAGGAGGUCUGUCAUGAGAACGGUCUAUCCUACUCCCUCAGUGACUCAGACACCGAACACCUGUCCAGCUCCCUGGAAGCAGAGCACCGGUACUACACCCCACAGCCUUACACACACACACAUUUUCCUACACACACUCAUAAACACACAAAUACAGUGAACUGAGCUGGAAUGAUCAUGCUUUCCCAGGUUGCUGAAGGCCAUGGGCUGGCAGGAGUACCCAGAAAAUGAUGACAACUUCCUGCCGCUGACAGAGGACGAGCUGAGAGAGUUCCAGACUAAAACUGAACAGGUGAGACACACGCUGAAAAUUGGACCAGCACCCUGAUGAAAAAGGAAACAAUAACAGGAAACAGAAAUCUACCAGAAUCGAACAUGACACCAGCCCCCCUUUCAAAGACUAAACUACAGACAAAAACUUUCAGAAAACCACGUUUUAUUCCAUUUUUCUUCGAAACGAUAAAAAAACAAACUCAUCAGUUAAUAUGAGACCAUUGUUUUUAACACCUAUUAAUUCAAUGCCUCUUUGAAUUAGAUGGUCAGAUUUAAACUGAAAAUGGUCUCAUGUCUGGAUGUAGCUCUUCUCAGCAUUUACAUACCAGAAAAGUCUUUAUUGUGCUACACAGAUGAGUGCAAUUAAUCAACAACACAGUCAAGAAGUCAGUUAAUUCCCCAAAGUCUCCUCCAGAGUCACUCAUAGAUAUAAAUGUGCGUGACUAGAGUGAGCCUCCGUGAGAUAUUGUCCAGAGCUGUAUGGAGAGUGUGGGUAACAUUUUCAUGACCCCUGAUCUCAAACAACCCCAUCCAUGAUCAGUGUCUAAAAUGACCACAUAUUAUCUAAUGAAGCCUCCACACUGUCAGACAGUUACUCCCCUUCUUUUGAGUCUCUUCUGUAAAUUCAUGAGAGCCCUAAUCUGUUUGAAAAAACAUGUUUUAUUUUCUUUUAUUAUUCAGAUCAUCUGUAUAAUUACAUUGUUUGGGAAUUACCAAAUAAAAUGGAUAGACAGAAAUAAGUAAGGAGAACGUCUCAGACAUGGAGUCAAAGUCCCGGUGUGUGUUGGUUAAAGACAACUGAAGCAGAGCCUGACCAGAUUCAGGUUGUUUGUGAUCAACACCAAAAUAAGCAGGUGAAAUAAUGCUGCGUUCAAGGUACCUUGGAAGUCAGAUGUCCGAGCUGGGAAUGACAUCACACCUGAGUUACCAGCGUUUCAGUUACCAAAUCUGAGGCGGAAACAAGAUGGCUACAUAUACGAAAGAUAUUUUAGCACUUCCCUUGUCCGAAUAUAAGCAACUCCUGUCCUUCUGCAACAUCUUGUUUCCGCCUCUGAUUUUGCUAACCCAAAGCUGGUAACUCAGGUGUGACAUCAUUCCCAGCUCGGACAUCUGACUUCCGAGGUAACUCGAACGCAGCAUAAUUACAGGGUUGAACAUUUAAGUGGCCUCUCAGAAGUGAAGUCUGUGCACCAAGUGCUGACACUCUCCGCAUCACCUCCAGCUUUCUGCUCCAUGCUGCAUGUGAUCCACAUUCUCCUUCAAUGUAUUGCCUUCUGUAUGAGAAUCUUACAAAACGUGACAUUUCAAAUCAAUUAACAGCGUGGUGCAAGCCUGGUGUCUUUUGUUCACACUUUCAUCUCUUGUGUGUUUUCGAGCAGCUGAAGAGGAACGGCAUGCAGAGGAAUGGUGUUCUUCCAAGGGCACGGGGUGUCACCCUCCACUUCACCCCCUGGAGGAGUGUGGCGGAGGCAAACGUCGAGGAGGGCUCCGAGUCCGAAACCAGUAGCAGCAGCCAGACCUCUGACGACGACGACUGCAUCAAAUCCUAACGUGGCUUUAUGGAACAAAAAAAAUGAAUAAACAACAACAACAACACAACAACAGCCAACACAACAUCCCAGCAAGCAAUCCCCCUCUUCCUCUCUCAUCUUUGUUUUUAGAGCACCAUUUUGAAUUUUCUUUUUGUUUUGAUUUUUUUUUGUUGUUGUCAUUCUUGCACAAGGGAAAAACCAAUCAUAUCCCAGUGAAGGGGGAGAUUCCUGCUCCGCCAGACGUCGUUUUCCCUGCGUGUCCUCCUUCACUGCAGUCCCUGCCCUUUUUGACCUCCCUCCCUCCUCCACCCUCCCACGUCCCUCCCUUCCCCCCUCCUUUUUUCUUCCUCGCUUUGUGGAACUGAAGUGUUCAUCAAGAAAAGAAGGGCAAUGAAUGCACACUUGAUUCUGCUUUAAACAGACUAACUCAUUUCAUUGAUGAUGCUGAUGACACAUUAUUAAUGAUAUUAAUAAAAAUUGGUUCCUGACAAGCUGAUAUGUUUCAAUAUGAA